CUGAAAAACAAACCACUCAACUCCAUUUUGUUAUCAAUUUCAGAGCUGGAAUCUUAUCUUCCUCUUGUUCCAUGGCUUCCCUAUUCAAGCACGACGUUUUCCUCAGUUUUAGAGGCUCCGAUACCCGGGAAAGCUUCACCAGCCAUCUCUUUGCUGCUCUAGUUCAUAAACAGAUCAGGACCUUCAUCGACGACCAGCUCAGUCGAGGGGAAGAAAUCUCGCCUGCCCUUUUGCGAGUGAUUGAAACCUCGAUGAUCUCAAUCGUUGUUUUCUCUCGGGACUACGCGUCUUCCCCUUGGUGCUUGGACGAACUGGUGAAGAUUCUCGACUGCAAGAAGGUAAUGGGCGCAAUUGUUUUGCCUGUUUUCUACUGUGUCGAUCCUUCGGAUGUAGCUUCACAAACGGGAAGCUUUGGGGAUGGAUUUCGGUUGGUAGAGGAGGGGUGUACGGACAAGGUUAAGGUUCAGAGGUGGCGAGCUGCUUUGGUCGAAGCUGCUGAUUUGUCUGGUUGGAGUUCCCUUGUCAUUAGGCCAGAAUGUAGACUCAUUCAGGAGAUAGUCAAGCAUGUAAUGAGGAAGCUGGAUUGCAUUUCUUCAUGGGAAUCAAGGGGUCUUGUGGGAGUCCAUUCACGCAUUGAGAGAAUUGAAUCAUUGCUCUGCACUGGUUCGUCACCACUCAUUGUUCAAUUUCUUGGGAUUUGGGGCAUGGGAGGGAUUGGGAAAACGACCCUCGCAGAAUUGUUGUUUGACAAAAUCAAAUCUGAAUUCGAUGCUUCCUGCUUUCUCACCAAUGUGAAAGAAGAGUGUGAAAACCAUGGACUCGCCAGGUUGAAUGUGGAGCUCCUCUCCAGGUUACUGGAAGAAGAGCAACAAGUGAAUGUAGGAAGUCGUUUCGUUAGGAGCAGGCUUAGCCGAAUGAAGGUGCUCAUUGUUCUUGACGAUGUGAGUGAUUCAAGGCAGGUGGAGAGUUUAGCUGGAGACCAUGAUUGGUUUGGACCAGGGAGUAGAAUCAUCAUAACCAGUAGAGACAAGGAAGUACUUGACACUGCAGUAGAUGAGAUGUACAAUGUUGAAGGGUUGAAUGACCAUGAAGCUCUUCAACUCUUCAGUUCAAAAGCAUUUAGAAGAAGAAAGUUUGAUAGGACUGAUCAUGUUGAGACAUUGAGAAGAGCAGCUAACUAUGCACGUGGCAACCCAUUGGCACUGAAAGUUCUGGGAUCGUCCUUGUUUCGCAAGACAAAGGCCGAAUGGAUAUCUUUCUUGCAGAAAAUAGAGAGAAUUCCGAGACCCGAAAUUCAGAGUGUUUUGAGGACGAGUUAUGAUGGUUUGGAUGAUGAAGAGAAGGAUAUAUUCCUCGACAUUGCUUGCUUCUUUGUUGGGGAACACAAGGCUUUUGUUACACGUGUCCUGUUUGGCUGCGGCUUCUCUGCGGAUAUUGGUAUACGAGUUCUUAUUGAUAAGUCUCUCAUCACUGUCUUGGACAACAAGUUAAGGAUGCAUGGUCUGUUGCAGCAAAUGGGUAGGGAAAUCGUUCGACAGGAAUCUCUUAAGGAGCCUGGUAAACGCACUAGGCUCUGGAGUCCGGAAGAUGUCUACCAUGUGCUCACCGAAAAUACAGGAACUGAAGCGAUUGAAGGGAUGUUCUUGGACAUGGCCAAGAUAAAGAGGGUGAAGUUGAGUCGUAAUGCAUUUGCCAGAAUGCAUAACUUGAGACUGCUGAAGUUUUACAAUUCUGCCAACAGGGGCUUUAGCAAAGUUUUUAUACCAGAAGGGCUGGAGUCUAUUUCUGACAAAUUGAGCUAUCUAUAUUGGGAUGGAUGCCCUCUGAAGUCUUUGCCAUCCAGUGGUAGAACAGCUAACCUCGUUGAACUUAGCUUGCCAUCGAGUCAUGUUGAGGCGCUUUGGGAGAGAAACCAGUGUCUGGAGAAAUUGCAUACAAUUGACCUCAGCAAUUCCCGGUAUCUAACCAGCUUCCCGAACCUCUCAUCAGCACCAAUUCUGCAGAGUUUGAACCUCGAAGGCUGUUCAAGGCUGGUUAGAGUUCCAUCAUCCAUCAAGUUCCUAAGAGAGCUUGUUGUCCUGACAAUGGAAAAUUGCAAAACCUUAAGAUGCAUGCCGAGUUGUGCUCAUUUGCAGACACUCAAGAAGCUAAACCUUUCUGGAUGCUCCAAAUUAAGAUACCUGCAAGACAUUCCAAGGAGCUUAGAACAUCUGAGCUUAAACUCGACUGCCAUACGGAAGCUUCCUGAAUCGAUCGAGACUCUUUCGAGACUCACCUUUUGGGGGAUGAACCGUUGUAAGAGGCUCAAGUAUCUUCCAAGUAACAUUGGGAAGAUGAAAUCUUUGAAAACACUUUCUGUCUCAGGUUGCUCAAAGCUUGAGGCUUUACCUUCCAGCAUUAAGUUGCUAACUCAGCUGCAGAAGCUCGUGCUGAGCAAUUGCAGACGGAUUAGAUCUUUGCCUGAGCUUCCUUUGGGCGUCAGUAUGUUGAAUGCCAAUGAUUGUGUUUCGCUCGAAAGGCUGCCUUCUUCAUAUGCCAUUCCAAUGGGGAAAGUUUUUGUGAACAGUUGUCAUCUUCAAAUGUUCUCAUUCGCCAAUUGUUCAAAGUUAUAUGAGAACAACAAUAGUAAUAUUGAGGCUGACUCGUUUGUUAGGAUUCAUCAUGCAGCGGUAGCAGCUGUGAUAAACUAUCAGCAGGGGAUUCAUUCAUUGCGUUCAAACAGUAUCUGCUACCCCGCAAGAGAGAUUCCAAGGUGGUUUAGAUACCAAACAAAUGGCUCUUCUAUAACCAUAAACCUCCCUCCAGACUGGCUCAACUCCGAGUUCUUGGGAUUUGCACUAAGCGCAGUCAUUACAACCAAGGACCGCAAGAUCUUUGGCGCAACGGAUGUCGGUUGCCAAUGCAGUUUGAUAACUGCAAAUGGUCGAGAUAGCCAUGACAUUCUCUGCUGCAGGUUGGGGUUCUCGACUAUACAUAGCAAGAGGGAUUUCACUUGUGCUGAUCAUGUGGUGAUACGAUAUGACUUCAGCAUGUGCCAUAGACUACUCCGGGGAAGAGACCAUCAUCAGAAGCAGAACAAGAAUGACUCUCGUGUUUACCGGACCGCCAAAUUCAAGUUCUAUCCUGAGCAGACUGAUUCCAGAUACUUCUCGGCUUGGUUUCCUGUGCAGAAGUGUGGUGUUCAUUUUCUCUAUGCUGGAGGAGAGAUUGAAAGGUGCUGCACUUCUCUGCCCUUGGGCCAUUCUAGCUCGCCUUCUGAGUCAACCUCACUGCGACUUAAUGAAGGAAGAUAA